GUUACUGAUCUGCUUUGCCAGUAUAGUCUCUUCUGUGAGCCUUCUCUGAGCUUGUGGUUCAUUUUGUUUUCUUUGCAGACAGACAAUGAUCCGUGCAAAGCAGAUCAGUAGUCUUUCAAGUUCAGCAAGAUCAUUUUUCCUUGGUGGAACAAGAUCUAGUGCAGCUGAUGGAAACUCUUGCACAUCCGCAGAGGAUGAACGCUGCGUCUUGACUAGACGCCAUCAAACUAGGCCUGAAGCUUUACACACUGGGAACAGAGUUUUCACCCGACCAUCUCCUCUUCCUCUCCAUGUUUCCCCUCCUGUUUUGCCUGUGAAACCAGACCCUGUUAAUCAUAAGAUCCCACCACUAUCUGAUGGAACUGAAGUCUGUUUGGUCGAUCCUACUCUGCCUAUUACUAGUGUUAAGUCCUCAAAUGUCAAAGCCAUUGGUAGAGAGCAUCUCGGUGAAGUCUACACUACGUCUGCUUCCAAAGAUUCAUCAGAGGGAGCUCCUCCUAUAAACGCCUCAAGUGAUGUGUCCUCAACCACAACUACUGUCUCUGGAAAGAGGAAAAACAUGGCCCCAAAGGAUGACAAAGGUCUCAGUGAACCCUCAGGGGAAAUGGUGAGAAUGACACCAGCACCUAGGCAGUAUUGUAACUCCGGAUACGUCGUUGAAAACGUUUCCAGCAUACUGCGGAGAUUCAAAUGGGGCCCUGCUGCUGAAGAGGCCCUUCACAAUUCUGGUGUCAAGAUGGAUGCAUACCAAGCUAACCAAGUCCUUAAGCAGAUGGAUAACUAUGCAAACGCUCUUGGCUUCUUCUACUGGCUGAAAACACAACCCGGGUUUAAGCAUGAUGGGCACACUUACACCACUAUGGUUGGUAACCUUGGUCGUGCAAAGCAGUUCGGUGAGAUAAACGAGCUUCUCAACGAGAUGGUUAGAGACGGUUGUCAGCCAAACACCGUCACAUACAACCGUCUUAUCCACAGCUACGGCCGUGCGAAUUACCUCGAAGAAGCCAUGGAUGUUUUCACUCAGAUGCAAGAAGCUGGAUGCGAGCCUGACCGUGUAACUUAUUGCACCCUUAUAGACAUCCAUGCUAAAGCUGGGUUUCUUGACAUUGCCAUGGACAUGUAUCAGAGAAUGCAAGCGGCAGGGCUUUCUCCUGAUACUUUCACAUACAGUGUUAUUAUAAAUUGUCUUGGGAAAGCUGGUCAUUUACCUGCUGCUCAUAGGCUCUUCUGUGAGAUGGUUGAUCAGGGCUGUACUCCUAGUCUGGUCACGUUCAACAUCAUGAUAGCUUUGCACGCCAAGGCGAGGAACUACCAGAGUGCGUUGAAGCUGUACCGAGGUUUGAGAAGUGCAGGGUUUCGACCUGAUAAAGUGACUUACAGUAUAGUUAUGGAGGUGCUUGGACACUGUGGGUUUCUGGAGGAAGCAGAGGGUGUAUUCACUGAGAUGCAGUGUAAGAACUGGGUUCCUGAUGAACAUGUUUACGGUCUUCUUGUGGACUUGUGGGGGAAAGCUGGAAACGUGGAGAAAUCUUGGCAGUGGUAUCAAGCAAUGCUUCACGCUGGUCUAAGACCUAAUGUGCCUACAUGCAACUCUCUUCUCAGUACUUUGCUUAGGGGUCACAGGCUCUCUGAAGCUUAUAAUCUAUUGCAAAGCAUGCUGGCGCUUGGUCUGCAGUCUUCUUUGCAGACAUACACAUUGCUCUUGAGCUGUUGCACGGAUGCUCGUUCGAACUUUGACUUGGGAUUCUGUGGCCAGCUGAUGGCAGUCUCAGGCCAUCCUGCACACAUGUUUCUCCUCAAAAUGCCACCUGCGGGUUCAGAUGGCCAAAAGGUGCGUGAACACGUCAGCAGCUUCCUUGAUUACAUGCACAGCGAGGACAGAGAGAGCAAGAGGGGACUCAUUGAUGCAGUGGUGGAGUUUCUUCACAAGUCAGGACUGAAAGAAGAGGCGUGCUUGGUCUGGGAAGUGGCUGCAGUUAAGAAUGUGUAUCCAGAUGCAUUGACAGAGAAAAGCAGCAGCUACUGGCUAAUAAAUCUCCAUGUGAUGUCAGAAGGAACUGCAGUCACCGCACUGUCUAGGACACUUGCGUGGUUCCGUAAGCAGAUGUUGGUUUCAGGAGAAUGUCCUUCACGGAUUGAUAUAGUAACUGGUUGGGGAAGACGAAGCAGAGUCACAGGCACUUCAAUGGUGAGGCAAGCAGUUGAGGAACUGCUCAAUGUCUUUAACUUCCCAUUUUUCACUGAGAAUGGUAACUCAGGCUGUUUUGUUGGAUGUGGAGAGCCUCUCAAGAAUUGGUUGCAUGAAUCAUAUGUUGAGAGGAUGCAUUUGCUCUAGUUUUUUUUUUUAGAUUAGUUGUUUUGUUUUCUUCUUUUUUUUUUCAAAAUCCUAUUGAGUUAUUAUUAUUCAUUGGCUGAAUCUCAGCCACUUGGUUUUGUAUUAUAUAAUAAGUUUUUAAGGUUAAAGCCUUAAAGGUUAGUGAUGACUGGAGUUUUAUCUCCAGCUCCAAAUU